GGCAGAGAGACACAGGAGUCCAGCAGCUCAAAUCUCUGCAAGAGCUUCAGCUGAAAAGCAUGCAUCUCCAUCCUCUGUCACACUCUUUCUUCCUCCUCCUGGUUGCUGAGGCAGCCGUGGUGUGCGUUGCCGUGACGACCACGCUCCACGGUUUCCGAGGCUGUGCGGUGCGAGAGUUCUCCUUUGUGGCCCAGAAGCCCGGCUGCAAAGGACUACGCAUCACCACGGAGGCCUGCUGGGGGCGCUGCCACACCUGGGAGAAACCAGUGCCGGAUCCCCCCUACAUCCAGCGACACCACCGUGUGUGUACGUACAGCCGUACCCGCUACAUGACAGCCCGGCUGCCGGGCUGCCAGCCCAACGUCUCCCCUCUCUACCACUAUCCCAUGGCCCUGAACUGCCACUGUGCCGUCUGCUCCACACAGGACACAGAGUGUGAGACCUUCUGAGGGACAGAGCAGCACUUUCACUGUACAGUGCUAUUAAGUGUUUCACUGAUAUGGAUGACACAGAUCAAAAUGAUGAAAUCAAGAUAUCUCAGCCUUGAAGGAAGGAUAUUUGACACUGAGUAACAUAAAAAUGAUCCCUCCUUUAGACUGAAGACCAUGUGUGUAUCAAUAUACAGUAUAUGUCUGUAUGUAGGAAAG